AUGUAGUGGAAAGCUUGAGGAUGGUACGGCGUGGAAGUGUGAACGCAAAUUUUCUCCAUUUCACAAGUUUUAGUUUGACCGAGGCAACUCAUUUGGACUUGGAGGCGAAGACUUGGUCCUUCUCUUCUUGUCUUCGCACUCUAUUCGCAUUAUCGAACAAUCUUCUGGUGAUAGAGAGAUGGAAGAAGAUCAAUUGCCUCAGAACAUUAAAGGGUUUGUUAUAAUUUCUCUUCCUCCGCCAGAUAAACCCUCUUUGGGUAAAACAAUCACUGCUUUUACUGUCACUGAUUCUUCUCCGUCUCAAGAUUCUGUCAUCUCCAAUGAAGAACAAUCUCGUCAUGAAAAUCCAGUGAGUGAUUUGCCAAUUCGACCAAACCCACCGGAUCGUCGGCUUCAAUUUUCGCUCAGAAGACUCUUGUUUCGUGGUCCGACGAAGUUCUUUUCCUUCUUUGGUAUUAUCCUUUUCGCUCUUUUCCUGUACGGUUCUGUUUCUUCACAAACCCUUCAGGAAUUUCGUAAUUCUAAGAGGGAAGAUCGACCCGGUUCUUUCUUCUUCCCGUUAUUUCCCAAAUUCGGUAUCCUCGGUCAGCAGGAUGUUAAGCUUAAAUUGGAUAAACUUGUUGACGUACAGAAAGAGAACUUAGUUGUCUCCCAAGGAACCCCCGAUAUCAACAAACUAGUUGCUUCUAGUGUUGCGGCAGUUGAUUCUUCCUCUGUCUUUCCCGUCCAGGGCACUGUUUAUCCAGAUGGGUUGUAUUUCACAUAUAUACUUGUUGGGAAUCCUCCAAGGCGUUAUUUUCUUGACAUGGACACUGGGAGUGACUUAACGUGGAUUCAAUGUGAUGCUCCAUGCAGAAGUUGUGCAAAGGGAGCACAUCUCUUGUACAAGCCAGCAAGGGGAAGUAUUAUACCACCAACGGAUUCUCUUUGCACUGAAGUUCAGAAAAAUCAGAGGCAUGGAAAACACGACAAUUUCCAACAGUGUGAUUAUGAGAUUGAAUAUGCAGAUCAUAGUUCCUCUAUGGGGGUUCUUGUUAGAGACGAUCUCCAUCUUGUCACUACAAAUGGAUCCAAGGCCAAUUUAAAUUUAGUUUUUGGGUGUGGAUAUGAUCAAGAGGGCUUGCUUUUAAAUACUUUGGCAAAAACAGACGGAAUCAUGGGACUCAGCAGGGCCAAAGUAAGUCUACCUUUCCAGUUGGCAAGCAAAGGGAUUAUCAAGAAUGUGGUUGGUCAUUGCCUAAGUAAUCAAGAAGCUGGUGGUGGGUAUUUGUUCUUAGGUGAAGAUUUUGUGCCAUAUUGGGGCAUGACUUGGACACCCAUGGUCAAUGUCCUUGCUACAGAUUUAUACCAAACUGAGAUUCUAGGAAUACGUUAUGGAAAUAGCCUGCUUGGUUUAAAAGGGCCCAGCAAACUAGGAAAGUUGGUUUUUGAUACUGGCAGUUCUUAUACAUAUUUUGCAAAGGAGGCGUAUUUGAAUCUCAUUGCUUCUCUUAAAGAAGUUUCCAAAUUUGGACUUGUCCGAGAUGAUUCAGAUGCAACUUUGCCCAUUUGCUGGCGAGCUAAUUUUGUGGUCAGAUCUGUCAAAGACGUCAAUUAUAUGUUCAAGACUCUGACUCUAAAAUUUGGAAGCAAAUGGUGGAUUUUGUCCUCCCUGUUUCAUAUACCUCCUGAGGGUUAUUUGAUUAUAAGCAACAAGGGGAAUGUAUGCUUGGCUAUACUUGAUGGUUCUGAUGUACAUGGCGGAUCCACAAUUAUACUUGGAGACGUGUCAUUGAGAGGAUAUUUGGUUGUAUAUGACAACGUGAACCAGAGGAUUGGUUGGGAGCGAGCAGACUGUGCGGUGCCAAGAAGAUUGAGAAAGUCACAAAAUUUCUCACCCAAUAGCGUGCUCUGAUUCUCUCUGCAAGAACUGGAACGUGAUAUUAUAUCUUUUUCAUCUUUCCUUUCAUAUUUUGAGUUGCCCCGAGCAGCAACUUAUUUUCUAGUCUAGUACAUUGAUACCGCUGUACAAAUCAAUCACCGUGAUACACGUAUGCGUAGCACAGACACGCACCGCACACAAAGACUGAUAAAUAAAUAAAUAAACAUCAAAGGUUAUUGUGUAUUCCUCUACUAAGAAUAUCUAUUUGAGUUUGAUUGGUAA